CCUGCAAAGAAAAAACUUGAAGGCAAAGCUAAAGCCGGGAGUAUACCGGGGGAUACAGGAUCUGUGGCAACCGCGACUAUGGUUCGGCGCCAAAUGCCGCCGCGCGCCUGCAAGAGCAAGAGCCAGAGCGCCGCCAGGCCCAGUCUUAGUCCCAGCCGCCUGGCCAAGAAGCCCAGCCUGACGCCGACCACCGGUUCUCAGGCGCCAUCGCAGACCAUCGCAAAGUCGAGGCCCACCGGUUUCGAGACGAUUUUUGAACGGCCCGGCAAUGAGGACGACGGGCCCACCAGCAGCCAUGCCGUGGCAUUCGGCGAGUGCCAGCGCCGCGUCCUCGCCCUGGGUACGGGCGAAAAAAAAAGAACCCUGUCGCAGAAGAGCUGCCUGAAGGUGCGCAACACCUUGGGCGAACGCAGCACCCGGCACAUGAUGACACUGCGGGCGUCCCGCACUACUUUGGACAGCGUAAUGCUCGGGGGCUCGGACGAUGAAGGCGAGUCGGUCGGAGUCGCUCCCGCAGUCGCUCCCGUAGCUGCUCCCGAAGUCGUUCCCGCUGGAGGAAAUGCCGGUACAAAUCAGCCGGCACCAUUCGUGCUGCACACUCUUCCGCUUCUCCACCUGCGGGGAGAUCGGGUGGCUCUUCUUUGUGUUCCUCAUGUGCUGCGUCAAGGCGUUGACCCUGCCCGCAGUGGUCAUCAUUUACAGCGAGUUCACAGCACCCUCUCCGCUGCCACGAACAUCACCACGCUGUCGUUUCCCUUCACGAUGGCCAACAGCAGCGGCGGCGGGUACACCAUUCCCACGGGGACCCUGAGCAUCCUUCCCAUCGCGGCGAACGCCCAGCUGCCGACCAUCACGACAACGGCCAGUGGCUACGAGCCCAAUGACGUCAUCACCACGAUCCCCGUCUCGCUCUCCAUUCAGCGCUUCCCCUCGUCCCUGUCCAUCGUGGACCUGGCCCAGGAGCAGGACGGCUACAGCAACAGUGGCUCCAGCAACGGCAUGACCGUGGGGCCGGGUGCGGGCGGCGGCGGCGGCAUCACCACCACGGCCCUCCUGUCCGUGAAGCCCCUGAACGGCAGCGGCAACGGCAACAUUUCGCGGAACAACAGCUUCAGUCUGAGCUUCAACCUGCAGGACCCCACAGUGCGCUCCUCGGUGGGUUCGGCAGGAGUCCCACAGUGGAUACAGUGGACAACUCUUCAUCCGGUGGCACGAUCGCCCUGCCCCAGAGCGGCGCCACGGCAACGGCAACGGCCACGAGUGCUACCUCAACCCUCGCCAAACACAGUCCCGAGGCCAAGACAGGAGAGGUCUAUGUCUGAGCGGAGGAACAGGACACCUAUUCCGACCCAUCCACUGGAUUAUAGCGUUCGUCGUAGGUUUAAGCACCCCCUUCCAGAACCACUGAUACGAUAUUAUCAUCUAGGAAAGAGAACAAAACAAGAGUAAUCCUCUCUUCGGAUUGUACAUACAUAUGCACACAUCAAUAUACAUACAUAUAUAGCCCACAGACGAUAUCGUAUCGUAAUGGAUCGUUUCGUACGGCACACACG